AUGACGCGAUGGAGCUCUGCGCUGGUCCUGCUCGCGCUCUCGAGCCGCCGCCUCGUCUACGGAGCUGGGCUCUGGGACGACCACGCCCAAGUCGACAUUCCGCUGCGUUCGGAGCUGCAGAACGUUCGCAGCGCACUCCCACCGCCACGGCCGCUGCUCCCGCGCAACCGCGCGCCGACCAUCGAGCUCACGCUAGCCGCCAGUGACGACGCCGAGCGCUGUGGCCGCACGGUGCUUUCUGCGUUUCAAGAAGCUUCGAAUCCGGACCGCGUGCUCGUCCAUCUCGUCCAUA